AACUGAGCGCCACUUUCAUAGAAACAAAGAAAAUGGCGGACGUUGUAAACGUCGGUGUGAAUCUGGAGGCUUUUUCUCACGCCAUAAGCGGCAUCCAAGCUCUACGCUCCAGCGUAAGCCGCGUUUUCGAGUUCCUCAAAGAUGGGAUGAAGAACCGAGAGACACUUGAGGGCCGAGAGAAGCAGUUUAUAGCCGAGUUCCAGGACAACCUGCAGGCGGUUAACAGAGACCUCAAUGAGUUGGAGCGUCUCAGUGGUCUGGUUGGACGCCCCUCGGAGUCUCAUCCCCUCCACAACAGCGGCCUUCUUAGUCUGGAUCCAGUUCAGGACAAAACUCCUCUGUACUCUCAGCUGCUGCAGGCCUACAAGUGGUCCAACAAGUUGCAGUACCAUGCAGGUCUGGCCUCCAGUUUGUUAAACCAGCAGUCGUUGAAAAGGUCAGCCAAUCAGAUGGGAGCUUCAGCCAAGCGGAGACCAAAAGUUCAGCCCAGUACUCUGGUACUACCUCCUCAGUAUGUUGAUGAUGUCAUCUCUCGUAUUGGGCGAAUGUUCCCUGAUAUGACCAUCGAGUUGUUCAGACCUAACGGCACGUCUGCAGUACUACUAGUGACCUUGGGCAAGGUAUUUAAAGCACUUCUUGUCAUGCGUUCGCUCUUCAUCGACAGAACCCUUGUUCGAGGAUACAACGAGAAUAAUUACAAUGAGGACGGAAAGCUGGACAUCUGGACCAAGUCUAAGUACCAGGUCUUUCAGAAGGUGACAGACCACGCCUCCACAGCGCUGCUCCACUACCAGCUGCCCCAGAUGCCUGAUGUAGUGGUUCGAUCUUUCAUGACCUGGUUGCGUAGCUACAUAAAACUCUUCCAGUCUCCAUGUCAGCGCUGCGGUCGUUUCCUUCAGGACGGACUUCCUCCGACAUGGAGGGAUUUUAGAACUCUGGAAGCUUUUCACGACACAUGUCGCAUGUGAACAGUCUUUUUGUUUUGUGUACAGUUUUAAUAGUUUUAAUAAAGUCCAUUUUUUUUCUUACUGAAUAA